UGCGUGGCUCCGGGAGCAUGCAGUGUGGCGAUUGGUGACACAGCGGAUCACCGAUCAACGGAAAGAGCCGAAGAUGUCGGCUCAGUCAUGUGAUCAGCUGUGUCCAAUCACAGCUGAUCACAUGGGACAUGUACACUGAUCAUCAGGGCACUGAUGAUCAGUGUGCCCUGAUGAUCAGUAUAGCCUCAGCAAUGCCACCUGUCAGUGCCCAUCAAUGCCAGCUGUCAGUGCUCAUCAAUGCCACCUGCCAGUGCCCAUCAAUGCCUCAUCAAUGCCACAUAUCAGUGCCCAUCUGAGCUGCCUUUCAUUGCCACCUAUCAGUGCCAGUCAGUUCCACCUAUCAAUUCCAGUUGGUGCCACCUAUCAGUGCUGCCAAUCAUUGCCACCUAUCAGUGCCAGUCAGUGCCGCCUAUCAGUGCCACCUAACAGUGCCAGUCAGUGCCAUAUAUGAGUGCUGCCUUUCAGUGUCCAUCAGUG